UGAUAUAGCAUCGGUUCUUUCAAGAAUUCAAGAUACUCUCCGCAUCUAGUAACCCUGAUUGUAACUGAAAAACAUCGAAUCCGUCCCCUAAAUUCUUCUUACCGUGGAAUUAGACGAAAAUUGGAUUGGAUUGGAAAAGAGAGGAAAAUUCAUCGCAGCUCGAUAAAAAGUUUUCACACGUGUAUAGUAUGCAUAUCUCGAUAUACAUAAAUUCAGCACUGGACAUAUCCACAUAUUGUUACUGAUUAGAACACAAGGGGUGCAAGGAACUCAUAAAUCCAAAGACGAAACAGCCUUGAAUUUCCCUCUUAAUCGAAGCAUUGAGACAGCAUCAAAGUAAGAAGAAAGAUACAAAUAAAGUAUUAAAAUGGCGGGAGAACAGCAGCAAUUUUUUCUCAAGUGGAAUGACUUCCAAUCUAAUAUGGUAUCAUCAUUCAAACAUCUCAGAGACGAGAAGAGUUUUACUGACGUGACACUUGCUUGUGAUGGACAAACGUGCAAAGCCCACAAAAUGGUACUUUCUGCUUGUAGUCCUUACUUCAAAUCUCUUCUUGAGGAAAAUCCGUCCAAACAUCCAAUAAUUAUUCUUAAGGACGUAGCGUAUAGUCAUCUUCAAGCAAUUCUCGAAUUUAUGUAUGCUGGUGAAGUGAAUGUCUCGCAAGAUCAAUUACCAGCCUUUUUGAAGACGGCAGAUAGGCUCAAAGUCAAAGGCCUCGCCGAGGCACCUGGUGCCAUCAAAAGAGAAGGCUAAACACUACUUAUUUAGCUAUGGUGUUAUCAGACGUAUGCAGACUGAACGGGAGUAAUGAAUGUAUUAACAAGUGAAAUGAUUUGAAUGGAAAUGGAAGGAAAUCGCAGUACUAUCGUGCUACACUCACACAUCUAGUAUAUACAUAGUACAUAAUGUAAGUGACAAACCUCGCCUUCUGGUUCAUGACUUGGAUCAAUGAAUCGAUGAAUUGAUUCAUUCUCGUGUAUUCCCUAUCCUUUCCAUCUUUUCUCGCCCUUCUAUUAUUUCAAAUCUAUCGAUUAUUGUUGUAAGAUGUGUGGACAAAUGUAUAUUGAUCGAUAAUUGUGUGUUGAUGUCAGUUUUGAAUCUUGGGGGAUACUCACCAACUAUGAACAUCAAUUAUAUUUUUUAUCAGGAGAAUUAGUAUUGCGCGUUAAGGUAGGAAGCAAAUAAGAACGAUAUGAGGUGAAGGUCGUCAUAAUUUUCUGUACACUUUGGUCGGGGCAUUUAAUCGAUGAAUAAUCAUGCUAUUAUAUUUAUAUUUUUCAAUUUUGGUUUCAAACAUCUAGAAAUUCAGUAGUCAUUAUUUUUACCUUCAUUGGUUGACUGGAAAAUUUUAAAACUGUAGCAGCACUUGUGUGGUGAAAUGGCGAAAGGAAAUAAGUCUGAAACCGCAUUGUGUUACUCUUUAUUUCUUUAUAAGUUCCAAGGAAAAUAUCCGGGCAUUGUAGUAGUACGCAGUUUUACGUGUUGUGGAAAAUGUUUACUAAUUUUUCUCUUUUCGGUCCCAUUAAUCGUUAAGAUCUUUAAUACGGUUUAAGCGUAGCUAUGCAAGAAAAAUUACGGACUUUCCAAGAAAAACUAUAAACCACUCCGAAAAAAGUCAACAACUGCCCUGAACGUUUGCAUAGAUGCCGUAAUGGUUAUUGUGGCAACGCAGAUCGUUUACGAUAGACCCACGUUUUUAUUGAUGAACCAAAACAUAUGAUACUCAAUUAAAGAUGAAGAACAGUUUAUCCAACUGCCGCUGAAAUAGGUCACUAUUUUGUUUGAGUGAACAGCGUGAUGAUGAUAAAGGAAAUAUGAAUAUUACUUUGAUUCAUUGAUGCGCACACUAUAAGGCUUUCUUUCUUAAAAAUUUCCACGGUAUAGGCAACAGACAGAAAAAAUAAACUUUUCAACAGCAAAUAUUUUGCGCAUAUUUUUUGAAUGCCUCAAGAAACUCUUAGCUUAUUCUCAUGAUGAUAGAAAGUAUGUAUCAUACAAUGCAAUCUAAUUUUUCCCAAUCGUAAUUUUUCAAGUACUCGAAGACCUAACUAUUUCAGCAGCAGUCGGGUAAUAUAAAGUACAUUUUUAGUUGAGAAUCAUAAAUUUUGGUAGACUCACAGAAGCUUUAUGAUAUCGCAAAAUGUUCCCGACUUUUUAAUAUAAAUAUAUGGAAACCGGUGAGUGUAAAAACUUUCCUUAUUAGUGGCAGUUCCAAUAUUGUGCGUCAUGACAAUAUUUUAUGAGCAGAUUAGAGUUUGUGUGAGUAUGGACAUAAAACAAUUUCAAAAGGUCAGGUUGAUUGAAGAAAUAAAAAUAUAUGUAAACAGAGAAUACAGUAGCUACGCUCAAAUCCCGUGACAUUCAAAGUGAAUUAUUAGGAAAGGUCUGCAAUUGACCAUUACCUGAAUAGCUUCUGCCAGGGUAUAAUAUAUUAUUCACAAAAUGAUCUAUGGUACGAGUUUGAAUAUAGUUAUAUGUAUACAGAGUAAUGAGUGAUAAAUCAAUUACUAUGCAGUUCAGGCAGUGAAAUAGUUUUAUAUAGAAGCCAUGGACAUUAAAUUAUUAUGGGAGCAAGGCCAAGUGCAUAGAUUUUUUAUAUAUUCCCUUUACCAUUUCACCGCAGUGCAUUAUACUUAUUAGGUGAGACAUUUUACAAAACCGGCAACAAUUUAUGGCUUUACAAAUGUCCGCAGAAACCAAUUUAUUGCCCUCUAUAUCUUUGAAU